AUGGUUUUGUGUCAACAAAUGAAAGAAUCUUUUGUUGGUUGCAAGAAAAUUCAACAGAAAUCAACAAAAGAAAAUUGCAAUAAAAAACUUUGCAAUUGUGUGAAAAUAUUUGGAAGCGAUCAUUUGAAAGCGAAGCGAGCUAAGAAGUUUCAUUGCAAAAGUAAGAGAAUUCGAAGACUUGCAGAACCUAAGCAUUUAACACCAAAGCACAGCGAAGUCAUGAUUCAAUCGAAUAAAAUUGAUAUAGAAGUCAAACGGUCGUACGAAGAACAAACUCCAGUAAGAAUCAAAUUGCUUGCUUAUCCGAAAGUACGCAAAUUGGUUGCAACAAGAGACGCUCAUAAGAAUUCUAUUGACAAUCAUUGGUAUGGGAGAUUCAAUGGAUUAAUACAACGAUCGCUGCUUACUAUGUACAGUCGAUUUGCAAAUGUCCAAACGCCUGAGAGAGUUUGUGGUAAAAAAUGGACGCGUGACGAUUGGAUGAAACAUUGUGAAUGGUUGAAAAAGCGAGCACUUCCUAAAGUCGUUAAAACACCGCCAACACCGAAAAAUAAGAAAGUUCCUUUCAGCGAAAUUGCUGAGUCUGUUCUUAUGCUUUCACAACCACGAAACCCACGUGAAAGAUUUAAAAAUGUUUACGGAUACAUUUCAUCAGUUGAUGCUAAAGCUUUGCUGUAUGAACCUUCUGAGAGAAUAGUUAAAUUGGCAUUGCCAAAGCAACGUAAAAGUGAAGAGAAAGUUGAUGAUGAAGACGAAGAAGAAUUUCAGCCAUUUUCAGUUUCUUUAAAUGCAUUAAAAUAUCAACCAACUGAUCGAAUCAAGGAACUUGCAAUACCAAAAGCAACAGAGAAACCUGAAGAUCUUUCUGAAUUCACAAAUUUUGGUGUCAUUAAACGUGCUUUGAAUGCACAACCAAAUCAACGAACCGUGGAAUUGUCAAAACCAAAAGCUGUAGUCGAUGAUGAAGACGAUGAAGAAAAACCUUUCGUCAAUCCUAAAGCAUUAAAAGCAAAAGCAACAAAACGAAUCAUUGAACUUGCAAAGCCUCGUAAUCCAGUUGGGGGAGCAAACGACGAGAAAAAUUGA